GGUUUUGUGAGUUACUUGACCUCACGCUAUAUUUGAAUUGCUUCUGAUGUGGGCCUAGGAUUUGAUGUUAGAUUUCGUUUCAAAGCGUUCGGUUGUCUUAAUCAUGUCAUCUGAACCGAACGAAUUUACUUAUGACAAACUGCUUGCUUUUGCAUCAAGAUAUAACCGACGACUACAACAAGAUAAACUUAGUCGUUUACCAUUUCUGGACAGCGCUACCGGAAUAGCUCAAAGACCGUGCCUACUUUACCGUAACCAAAGAGAAAGAGAGGGAGGCUACCUGACUCAGGUUUACCGAUACCGUUCCCACAGGUGGAAGAAAAGCAAAAGAACUGGUCAGCUUCCUUCUUUUCUGUAUCACGGAGAUGCGUUGAACGGGGUUGCUAAAAUUGAUCGUCCAAAUAUCUCAGGAUUAGAUUCGUGUUCUAAGGAUGUAGACGAGGAUAGUCGUAGUACUUGGGCUGCCUGUCCAGAAUAUGAUAUGGAUUCUGAUGCAAGUGAUUUUGCAGAUGAGAACUUUGGAGUUCGUAGACGCCGAAAGAAAGGUCGGACUCCUCGCAUAAGCAGAUCCAAUCACUCUGGACCUGGUCGGCGACGUUCUAAUUAUACUUCAUUCGAUGAUGACUCGAAUGACCGUCAAACAUCUUUGCCAGUAUUUCUGUGUGAGUUUUGUGGCGUACGAUACAGAUCGAGAGCCGGACUAAAUUACCACAUUAAUUCACAGCAUUCAGAGGUACGUGUAUUUCCUUUCAUUAUAGGUUUUUGUUAAUAUUUUGGCUGUAUCAUCUUUUCUGCAAACAUUCCACAUAAAUAUUUUACUCCUGGUUCCUAAGUUUGUCUUUUCGUAACAGCUCAGUCAAAACUAACUUGGUAUAACUUCCUGUCAAUAUCAGAAUUUAGGUCAUGACAUACCAAUUAUGCAACCACAAAAAAUGAAAGACCCCAAACAACAUAAAGAGGUAUAUAUUUGAUUUUCAUUUAUCAUAGAUGUACUGCUUAAGUUAGUUCCCGCAAUGUUAGGCCUCAAGAACCAAUAUCCUACUUGGAUACUUCCGACUUAGAGUAUGUAUAUGUUUUGUUUUGAAAGGAUGGUGCCGAAAUUCGGUUUCCUGGAUGCUUCAAGCGAUAAUACAAAAACAUUUAAAAUGCUCUUUUCAUCUAAAUGUAAACUUGCUACAAAACUGAUCUGUACUCACGAAUAUACUAACAUAGAGAGUAAAUUUGAGCUUAAUAAACAAUUCCGUUGUAUCUUAAAAAUCUUAUUAGCCACUUUGUGUUCCUGGCUGAUGAAUAUUUACAUAGACAUUAUGGAGUUUACUUGUCUUUAAGUAACUUGUAAUACCUUGCCACUGACAGCAAAAAUACGUUUAACAAAGGUGUAGGAGUAACUUUCUUUCGUCCUCACAAAGAUGGAAACCCUAGAGAUGCUAGUCGCCUAUGGGAAGACUUUACCGCCGUAACUCUGGUGCAGUCGAAAUUCCCAAUUCGCUCUAGCUGAUUAGUUUCUUUCCCACCAUUCCGCAUUCGACUUUCAUGAGAUGGUAGUACCUCGUAACAGUGUUCCAGUCGAUGCAACUCUAGUGGGUCACUAGCUAUCGAGUUAAUAACCCACUCAGCCAGAUGGUUUUUUGAUUAUUUUCUCUUUGAUUUUGUACCGUUUUAGUAUAAUUAAGUCACUAAAAAUCAAACUGUAUUUACGUAUGAAAGACGCGACCACUGUAAACGACAGAAUUUUUACUGGUUUUAUAUGCUUUUCGUUCGCUUUAACUAAUUAAAGUACAUUAGGUAAUAUAAAGUGUUGUAUCUUACCGUGUUUUAUGAAUUCCGUGUAGUCUUAUGAAUUUUGUCGAUUGAUUUAAAUACGUAAAUGUCAUUUCAAAGGGGCACCAAAAUUUAUAUGCACUACAAUAAAGAUGAGGUUGUGAAAAGAGAGAUAUAGUAAGAAAGAUCGGUAUAUCUUCAGCUAACUACCGAUUGCCUCCUGUUUCCAAACAACCUGAAUACGAUGUAAACAUAUCUCUUCCAACUCUUAAUGAGGUUGAAAAUAUAGGAGGACCUGAAGCGUUAACCCCAGAGAUCCUGGGGGUUUUUUCAGUCAAGCUGACUCAGAUACUAGUUAGAGUUUGGGAACUGGAGUAGUUUCGAUCACUGAUCGUUCGAGUUUAUGGGAUUGGACAAAAAUCCAAUUGUGAUAACCACAAAGUAAAUAAUUUUGACCAAUAAGGUAUCCAUACUAUUAACUUGUCUAAUCACCUAACGCUUAACCAAGGCUCGUGAAGAUCAAACUCGGGAAAACCAUGCUUGUUUCAGACUUGGACAUGGAUGUGUAGACCAAAUGUUAGCUAUUCUUCAGGUUUUGGAACGCAGGCACCUAUCAACUCACAAUCAUAGUUGUAUUUCUUGAUCUCAAGGCAGCUUUUGGUUCUGAAGUUCAAUAUGUUAUAUGGCAGUGUCUGUCAUUGAAAGAGACUAAAAAAAUAUAUCACCCUUUUACAAAUUCUCUCCACGAACAUUACUAGCAGUCAUAGCUUAUAGUAAACAGUCAUCGGAACUUACAGCAUAAAGUGAUCUUCAUCAGGUUUGUUUACUUCCUCUAAUUUUAUUUAACUUUAUCGUUGAUAUUUUUCAGUGAUAACUCUCUCAUUGUCUAACUUAUCCGGAAUCCAUCUUCUACUAUGAGGUUCACUUGUUGAUGCAAAUGACAUAAUUCUGUUUGGCGAGGUCUCAGACAAGAUAUGGGUUUUUACCAUUUUGAGCUCCAAUGCAAACAUGUUUGGAAAUGCGUUUCUCUCCCUUUAAAUGCAAAAUGUUGCCCCGGGACUGAUCUGUAUCAGUAUGAUAGGGAGUAAAGCAGUUGGUCAUAGUGAACACUUCGCUUAUCUUGAAAGUCUGAUCAACCUUGAUGGGUUAGUAUUUGACGAAAUCUCGGCACGGAUUCAGAGAGCUCGGUUGAAUUUCGCUAAAUUGUGCAAAGAUAUCGGUUUGCCGACCAAAGGAUGUGGUUACUGCCCAUCAGUUUGCUUUUUUUCACCAUAUGUCUCUAAAAUGGAGCCUUUAAAUUUAGAGGGUAUUUGUAGGUUGUUGGUGUUUGAUUAUAAAUGUCUUCAAAACAGUGGUCGUGUAUAUUGGGACCAUUAAGUAAGGAAUGUUAAUGUUGAACUCAAGAUGCCGAAUAAAGAAGGCAAAUCGGUCUUCAAUAUCAUAAAUCAUCUUAGGCGGUUGCGACAUAUAUUACGUAUGCCCAACCACUACCUACCUAGACUUACAAUGAUGGCCGCUGUGAGAGUAGGUUGGAAAAAGCAAGGGGCGGCCAAAACAAGAUGUACCACCAAUCUAUAGACUUAGUGACUGUCUUCCCUCAGGUUUUGAGUUCCGAAACCCUCUUAAACUGCUUACCUACUUUUCCAGUAGUUAAUUCAUUUCAAUCAAAGUUUCAUCGAAAAAAAUUUGAUCUCUCAUAUAUUAGCCUUAUGUUUGUCACAAUGACUUAUCAUGGUUGAGAUUUUAAAAAACUCGUGAUUUAUAUUUCAGAAUAACAAAUAGAAGAGUGGUUAAACAGUUUUCAAACUCAUCAGGCCAACAACGAAUUCAUCGAAAUACAACUAAAUUUUUGAAUCUGGGGAGAAAAUGGCUAUCUAACAGAUUAUAUCUUUGUAGCAUAUUGAUCAUGCUACAUUUUGUAACCUGUGUUAAGGUUUGUAGCAACUUGAGACUGGGUCUCAUUGAUUUAGAGUAUCAUUUUCCAUCAGUUGGAUCAUAUAUUCAAGAUUAUUCUAAUCACUUCAGUAGACAUUGUAAAGAACCAAGUGUUACUCAUAAUCUAACUUACAACUUUGUGCUAGAUAGUUAAGUUACAGAUUGAAUUAAAUUUCAAGUCUUUUAAAUGCCCACAGAAUGUUCAACUAUCUAGUCAUAUUUCAAAUAAGAUUAUCAUUCUAUGUUCUGAAAUGUUUUAUGUGAGCUUUUUAGUUUGCUGAAACAAAUUAUAUUUCUUCUGUCCUGAGUAUCAUUAUUUUUUCUGUUAUCUAACUAUCAUACUCCUUUCAAUACAUAUUUUUUUAAUUCACAAAACAAUUUAGUGUAGACUACGUUUUUUCACAUUUGAUCCUAAUGUAUCUAUCAUUAUCCCCACUUUUCUGUUUAUUUAUUCACUUCAUUCCAUAAUAUGCUAGACACCACGGAUGAGUUGUGCACGACCAGCCUUUAUGUCCCCUUAUCGAGGAACAGAUGGACAUCAUCACAACCCUCAUCCUCAUUCUCAACAUCAGCAACAACAACAACAGUCUCACAGUCAAACUAAUCAUUUGCUCAAUGGACCAGUAAUUAAUUCAGGUACUACCAGUAAUCACACUUCUACUUCUCAUUCCACUUCUGUAACUAACAAGAAUAGUAAUAACAAUGAUCUUUGUUCCUCUGUAAAUGGUUCAUUCGGCCCUUCACGAGUUCGCCCUUCAGUUAUUGAACAAGGUGGUGGUAGCCUAAGUAAGUAUGUUUACAAGAGGUUCGCAGUAUAGAUAAAUAUAUUGACUAUGAAUAUUAUUUGGUCUUACUAAACAUAAUGAACUUAAUGAUUUAUUGGUUAUCGUUGUAUUACUAACUGUUUUAUAAAUAUUUCCAGUUAUUGAAGCACAAGAAUGGCGGGAUAUGAAUAAUACAGACUCAUCAGAACAUACUUGUGACUUUUGCCUAGGUGAUGAAAGUUUGAAUAAGAAGACUGGGCGGUCAGAAGAUAUGUUAAGAUGUUCAGAUUGUGGACGUUUUGCUCACUUUUCUUGUUUACAGUUUACACAGAAUAUGAUUACUUCUGUACAUACUUACCGGUGGCAGUGUAUUGAAUGUAAAACAUGUUGGCUUUGUGGUACUUCAGAAAAUGAUGUAAGUAAUUGGUUUUUAUAUUGUUUAUUCAUUCUUUAUUCGGUAUUAAGAAAAAACGGCGUACAUUUAUUUGAUAUUAGAAACAUACGUAACCUGUCAAUCUAUUCAGUAUAUAUCGUCUAUUGAACAUAGAGUUAAAGUUGUAUUCUUCUUAUGCAUUAAUUUUUCUACCAGUUAUCGAUUACCAUUUAUCAGAAUAUCUUGUCAGAUUUCUUACUAGCAUAAUUAUCGUUACGAACAAAACUGGAAGAUAGAAAUAUUCACGUUUUUUUUCUUCACCUGGUUGUACUUACUACUUAUAUAUUCUGUAACUACAUCAGGAAACUUAUUUGAAUGUAUUCCUUCAUGUAUGAAUAAAUGUGGUUGCCCCUAUCUUUAAAAAGGGUUCACGUCGUUCCUGUAACACCUAUCGUGGGAUAAGUCUACUUCCGAUUGCGUCCAAGCUAUUAGCUUCUUUCGUACUUGGUAGGUUGUUCAAAACCCGAGAAUGGUUGACUCGCGAGAAGCAGGCUGAUUUUCGUUCUGGUCGAGGAUGUAUUGAUCAUAUCUUUACCCUCCGCCAAAUGUUAGAACACCGUCAUACUUAUCAAAGGCCAACAAUCGUAGUGUUUCUUGACAUCAGGGCUGCCUUCGAUUCGUUGGACAGGACUGUUCUCCGGAAUUGUCUAUUGAAGAAGGGUGUGCCUGAGAAGUUUAUUAGCAUCCUAAAGGCCCUAUAUACAAACACUCCAGGCAGAGUGAGGGCAUACAACCACCUCUCUCGAUUGUUCCAUUCGAGCAGUGGGGUUAGUCAGGGUUGCCCAAUCUCACCAUUCCUCUUCAACUUUGCCAUCGAUGACAUUCUGGAAACAGCUCUGAUGAAUGUAAGUAAUGGUGGUGUCGAUCUUUUGCCUGGAGAAAGACUUCUCGACCUUGAGUAUGCGGAUGAUAUUGUCUUACUGUGCGAUAAUGCCCAAGCCAUGCAAUCCGCACUUAAUCAGUUGGCAAUCAAUGUCCGUAAGUACGGUAUGUGCUUUGCACCUUCUAAAUGCAAAGUACUUUUACAAGACUGGCUGGAUUCUAAUCCUGUACUUAUCCUGGAUGGUGAGCAGAUAGAAGCAGUCGAUAAGUUCGUGUAUCUAGGUAGCUGCAUAAGUGCUGGUGAUGGCGUGAGUGAUGAGAUCAAUGCAAGUAUAGUGAAAGCCAGAGCGGCUUAUGCCAAUCUGGGCCAUCUUUGGCACCUUCGUGAUUUCAGUCUGACUGUAAAAGGUCGGAUCUACAACGCGUCGGUGAGAGCAGUUUUGCUCUAUGCUUGUAAAACCUGGCCUCAUCGAGUUGAGGAUGUUAGACGACUCUCUCUGUGUUUGAUCAUCGUUGUCUCCGAAGGAUUGCUGACAUCCAGUGGCAAUACCAUAUUAGUAAUGCAGAGGUUGGGCAUCGUGUGUUCGGGCGCAGAGACGAUAAUGUAAUUGGUGUGACUACCUUGAAACAUAGACUUCGGUGGCUUGGACAUGUUCUACGAAUGUCGUCCCAGAGAAUGCCACGUCGUGGAUUAUUUGCCGACUCUGGGACUGGUUGGAAGAAGCGGAGAGGUGGUCAGUGUAUGACAUGGUGUGGUGGUAUGAAAGAAAGCUGCACAGAACUGACUUCUGCUUGUCUCUCACGACUCCGUGGGUGGAGUCCGAGAGAUGGUGCUACACAGUGGCUAGAGAUGUUAUCAGAAAUGGCUGAGAAUAGAAGCGAGUGGCGAUCCUACUGUAACCUUCUUUUACUUUCCUCAUAAAAAGUGACCGUAACUUCUUUAACUGAAAGGAUUCUUUCUGGUUGUACUUUUCUGUUUCCCCCAUUAUUAUUUUACUACCAUACACUAAUCUGUGGUCGUUAUUGUUUUUUCACUUUUUCUUCCUACACACACUUUACAUUCUUUAUCUCUUCCCAUUCUCAUUGUUUUGUGUGGUGCAUAUGUAUCUGAUGCCUCCUUGUACCAAUAUUUAUGUGUUCAAAUAAAUAAAUAAUAAUAAAAAUGGGUUCUUGAUUGAAGUUGUUACAGUCCAUACAAGUACAAAAGCAAACACCAGUUAGAUGAAAAAGACAAUAAAAUCAGUGACUCUGUGAUAGGGAGGUCUUAAUGGAAAUAAAACAACUGGAAGGAUAGAGGUGUCAAAGUUUAAGAGCACAGUAAUAUUGGAAGCACACUACUGAGAAUUUCGAUCAGGAAUUGCUGAAAAUUAGAUUUUUUAAAGUAAUUCUAACAAGUUAUUAUUUAAAGCAUAAGUUGAAAAUAAAAUUAAGCCAUCUAGUAUCUGGAUUCCUAGUGGUAUAUCCUUAAAAUCACACGAAUUAAUAUGCGACUUAUCUGAAUUUUAAGAAAUGAUUGUUCAGAAGUCUGAUAAAAGUUCCCUACAUUUAAUGUCAUUUUUACGACUAAUUUCAGUACAGUAAGAGAAUCGUCGUGCGAUUAUUUAUCAUAACCACUUUGCUGAAGAGCUUGCUAUUAACUUUGAUCCAUUCCCACGGAUUCUUGAGUAAAAAGCAUUCAGUAGAUUAAUAUGCCUUAUUAAUACGUUGAUUUAAUAUCUGUCGUAACUUUUUUAGUUAAAGUUGUCCCAGUGUGUCCAGACCUCAAUAUCUUGGUACCAGUCUAUAAAGUCAGUGAUUAACAGUUCCGACGUCAUGGGUAAAUGUAGUUCUUCGAAAUUGGGAUCUUGAGAAUAUAGACUAUUAGUUGAUGAUUCUUAAUAAAUCCAUGCGAAAUCAAUUGUACCAAUGUCGACACAGUCACUUCUUGUCUUCCUUUAAAUGAUCUUAAACGUCUUGUUGGUUUACACCUAUUCGUUCUCUAUUUACCCUCGUCUAGUUUAUUUUAAUACAACUUUAUUAAUUUUUUGGACUGGUUGUUGUUUUUGUUUGCUUAAUAUUUUGACUGUAAUUUACCAGGAUUAAAGGGAUAAUGUCAUAUAAGCUAAAGUUAUUAUUAUUGAUUACGUUAGUGAAAUGUGUAGAGAUAACAGUGUAUGUAGUGCAAAGGUAUAGGGUGAUGAGUAGACAAGAAAGUGUCCGUAGAGUCAACAAUUUUAUUUGUAGAUUUCACUAAGAAAUAAUUUUAGUUUGCAAAUAGUGUAUUACGCAAUUUGGAUGAAUGGUUGGGGUUAUUUGUACUGCAUAAUAAUAUCAUCUAUGACAAGUGGUAUACAGAAUAUUUUUAUGUAAUUCAACUAUUUUAUCAAUUUACAUAUAAUGAUUUUUUAUAAAUAUUGACUUUUAAUUUUUAUUUAUAUUAUUCAGGAACAAAUGCUUUUUUGUGAUGAUUGUGAUAGAGGUUAUCACAUGUACUGUUUAAAUCCGCCAUUAUCCGAGCCGCCAGAAGGUAGUUGGAGUUGUAAACUAUGCGUAGAUCGUUUUCAAACGUCGGCGGCUUCUUUUUCUACCUCUUUUGUUAACGUCAGUUUGACGAAAAAGUCUGACUCUUGUAUUGGUGAAUUGAAUAAUAAUAAUAAUAAUAAUAAUAAUAAUAAUAAAGACGAUACAAGCAUUUGUGAAUCGAAAUUGAGUGUGCCUUGUUCAACCAUUGUUUCAUCGGUUGUCAGUCAAAUUGUUCCUGUUUUUCAAUCAUCUUCGUUAACAUCACCAUCAUCAUUAUCAUCCUCUUCUGGGCUUUUCCAAUCCUCUACGCAUCUUCAAAAGAUAUUGGUCAAUCAUGUAUAUCCGACUGUUUCUUAAUGUAACUUUAUGUGUAUAUCCAUAAUUUUCAAGGAUUAUCAUUAUUAUUAAUGUUAUGAAUAUUCACUCAGUAAUGUUAAAUGAUUUAAAAAUAUGUUCUAGGAUCUUAAAAAUUCACCAUCUAAUUUUUUUUGUUCAGCCUUAUGUGUUAAUGAUUGAACAAAUUAACCUCUAUGUUUUUUAAUGUGUAUUUUCCCCUUAAAUGUAUUAUUUUUUCCAAUAUUAUCUCUAGGGUUGAUUAAUUUGAGUGCUUAUAGGUAAAAGGAUAUAGUGGAUUGAGGAUGAAAGUGAACAAGUGAGAGAGAGAGAGAGCAAAAAUGUACUUACUUAUUCAUUUAUUCUAUGUAUAUUAUGUACGUUUAAAUCAAUGUAUUAUUUCUUUGUUAAUAUACCCUGAUAUGUCAAUUUUUUUGUCAAAACAGACGUACUAUGGAAAAUGGAAUUUCAAAACUACAAACAGACCUAGCUAUAGUAACCAUUAUUUUUGUUUAGCGAUAUAUAUGUAUAAAUUUGAUCAGUUGUGUUUCUCAAUAUGCUGUUAUGUCUUUUCAGUUUUUGAUAGUUACCAAUAUACAUAUAUAGUUACUGACUGAUAUAUAUAUAUAUAUAUAUAUAUUGUUUAGACCAUCUUCCGUUUUAUUAUUAUCAUUAUAACUGUCCCGUCAGGAUAAAGUGUCGGCGGGGGCAGAAGGUGAUUUGAAUUUCGUAUUAUGUUUGCUCUAAUGUUUAGUUUUAUUUUUGUAUUAAUUUCCCCAUAUAUAUAUAUAUAUAUAUAUGUAUGAUGUAUCAGCCAGUUUAUUAACAACUACCCACCUCCAUUUUUUGUACUGGAAAAUGAUCCUCAGCUCUCCAUGUUCGUUUUUUUUCCUUUUUGUUUUGAUGCGCUAAUGUAUACAAGCAUGUUUUUUUUCAAUCAGGCUUUUACUUGACUAUUAUUAUCAUUAUUCUUACUAUUAUGUUUUUUGUUACAUGUGUAUAUGUACUGGAGUUUUUCGUUCAAUUUAUCUAUCAAUGUCUCGAGACACACAGAAUGAUCGAGUAGUUCACUCUUUAUUAUUAUUAUAACAAUAUUUGUCAAAGCAUUUUUUUCCUUUGAAUGAUUGAUAGUAAUUUUGCUACAAUCUAUUCAAAAUUAUUGUUUUUAUCAAUUUAUUGUAUUAUUUAUCAUGAUUACCACCAAAUACUUCUACUACUGUUAUCAUAAAAUUAGUAUUAUAUGUAUUUUCUGGAUGUGUAUGAGUUUUUCUGGCCUUUUUCUAUGACUAAAAAUGAUAGUAUAUAUAUAUAUAUAUAUUGUACAAUGACUAUUUAUAAACAACAUGACUACUGCAGUAUGUUGAUCGUUUUAAAGUUUUCCUCAUCUAAUUCCAUCAUUGUUUAUAGUAAGCAGAAUAAAGCAUACUAUCUGUCAGUAUCCAGUUAGUCAGUGACCCGUAUUUAGUUCAAACACGUGCUUGAAUCUAGGUUUCAUUUCAAGUCUAAUCACAAUUCCUUAUUAUAUAUUUAUUAAAUAAUUUUAAUUUUACUUAUUGUCAUCCAGCUUUUAAAGCUGUUGGUCCAACUUUCGAUAGUAGUUUUGUUAUUAUAAGAAAGGAUUUGAAUCCAAUUUCAUUAGUUAGGAUUCGAAUUCACCUUUUGUUGCUUUUCUCGAUUGAGUUAUGACCAACUUUUGUUGAUGUAUGUGGCGUUAGUUCAUUUCUAGUAGAGACGGGUGAAGUCAUGCAUAAAUUCACAUUAGUUUUGAUAGUUGUACUUAUCAACAGGUUAUCAAAAGAAAGUGUAAACAUAACCGAUAUUUAGAAAUUAUAUUCAUCAGUGGAAAACAGUAAUAUAGUAUUGAAAAUUUACUGGGUUAAUAGCAAAUUCACCUUGUACAUUGUGAUAAUUUAAAAAACCACUGCAGAUUGGGUACUUGACUAUCAUUAUUGUCUCAAAUUUCUCAGCGAACAAGGUUAUGAAAAUUAAAACAUCACAAAAUGAUAUCUGCUGACUCAGUACUAUUGUACUUAGUUUGCGUAACAUUCGAACUAUCUACUUCGGGCUGUGUUGUUAUAUUGCCACUCAUUUAAAACUAUGCCUUACUCAGUGGUUCUGCUAUACACGAAGAAUGUUAUGAAGUGAUCUGCUUUCGUUUUUACCAGGAUUCUUUAAGGUGAAUAACCAAUUAUCACUCAAUUUAUUUCUAAAAUAUAUUGAUUACCAAGUAAUUAUUAUCAGCCAUUGGUCAUAUUACUUAGGUUAGAUUUGUGUUUAGAAUCGAUGUUGUGUGUCUCUUGUAUUAUAAUGAUGGUUUCAUUUGCAUAACACUAGGUAUUUAUACUUUACAUAUUCAC